AUGCAGCGCUGGAGGAUUGGUGGGAUCAUUUGCUUGAUUAGUGUGCUACAGCAGGCCAGUCCCGGACCAGCCUGUAGGAUUAGCGAAUAUCCCUGCCGGAAUGGACGAUGUAUACGAUUGGAUCACUACUGUAAUGGUAACGAUGAUUGUGGAGAUAAAUCGGAUGAACCCACUUAUUGUACAGUGUGUAAUCGCACGUAUUACGGGGACGUCGGCAAGACAUACGAUCUACACGUUAUUAAGCCCGUCGAGACGAGAUUGCCGUUCUUAUGUCACCUUACCUUCACAGCAAAUGGCCAAAGUCACGGAGACAUCGUGCAGUUAAUCUUCGACGAAUUCAAAGUCGGCCGCUACGAAUCGCAAGCACUGGACGGCUGUCCGGAUGGUUACAUGCAGCUAAGCGAAUUGGGACGUCCAUUUACCGGCGGUUCCUGGUGCGGUUCUUCAUCCGGGCCGGCCGCCUACUACAGCGAAACCUCAACGGUGACUGCUUCCGUCAAGCUAUUCGCCUCGCCGCAGCAGCCCUUUCAGUUCAGCUUGCGAUUUCGGUUCGUUUCGCGCCAAGAAGCGAUAGUUCGCUUUGGUUCGCCCGCGUCGCCGCUGGAACGCGGUCAGGUGGCGCCAGGUACUUACUGCACGCGGCAAUUCGAGGAGUGCUACCGGAAGCCGUGCCGCCUACAGUCCCCCAACUAUCCCGGCAUGUACCCGCGCAACGUUUCGUGCUAUUGGAGUCUGCGUCAGAAGGUCGUGCCGACGUGUAAGCACGCGAUGAUUGCCGUACGACAGGAGGCGGCGCAUAAGAUGCACAUGAAAAGGUCGAUAAGCGUCCUCGGUCUUAACAAGACAGUUCGGGCGUUAAGAGCUUGGAGGGACUGUACGGGCGAGCGCGACCAUCUAAUCUUCUACGACGGAGGUUCAACGAAUGAUCCGGUGCUCGCGAAGUAUUGCGGCGGAGACUGGUUGCCGCGAGUCGUAUCGCGAGGGCCCGAAAUGCUCGUAGCUUUCCAUUCGUCCCCCUUUAGCAUUCCGCUUCACUCCCCUCCCUCCCAAUCGCCGCUGAGGGGAUUUGAGCUCGACGUCGAUGUCAUUUUCGCCGACUCCGACUCGUUAGACUACUCGCAUGAGCUUUUAGGUUGCGAGUUUGAUGUAAACGCUACAGAUCCGGACGGUGACGAUAUAUGGACCGGACGAGGACGUAAAGGCCGAUUGAUCAGUCCUCGCCAUUCUUUACCUCCGAACACAACGUGCACGUAUAAAUUUAAAGGCUAUCCUGGUGACCUUAUUUGGUUGAGUUUUACUUCGUACAGUCAGCGUGCGCUUCUGGUUGGCGAAAGUGCGCAUGUACUUCUCGGCAAUAGCUCGACCAGCGGAGGGUGUGCCACAAAGUUGAGAAUAUGGGAUGGAAAUGUUUUACUAGAGGACAAAUGCGAUGAACCACCAAGACUAUGUGAUCACAGCGCUCUAAGUAACGCCACCAGGUUUACAAGACCGUGCGCGAUGUCGGAAAGUUACCUGUCUACUGGGAGAAGCCUAGUUCUGCAGCAUCACACCGAGGAUGGCACCGCGUUGCAUCCAGCCGGUUUCAAACUCAAGUACGAGUUUGUGGAUACGCGUAUCGGGGGAGAGGCCUGGCCGGCUAAAGAUGCCCCAGGUCCUUGUCAUCGUGUUUUUCGGAAGGGUCACGUGGGAGAACUUAUGUCGCCUAGAAACGUGUUUUUGUACGGCCGUGGAGGCAGCAAUGAUCUUCAUUGUGUGUAUCGCUUGGAAGCCAACCCGGGCGAGCGCGUACGGUUAGUGUUAAAUAACGCAUCAUUUGGAAUGAACACUUUGUGUUCGACAUCCACUGAUCCACACAGUGGGCGUGCAAUUUGCGAUUACCAAAGCGGGGGGCGCACAGUGGAGCUGAGCGUGUGGGAGCUGCCGUGGAAAGAUGUUAGAAUGCCAAGGGCAUGUUUAUGUGAUAAUACUACUUUAAAUAAUAAACCGAUCGUGUUCCUAUCUUCAUCUAGAAGUUUAGAACUACAUUUCACUGCCAAAGAUAUGAAUAUAACCGAGGACUUUACCGAUUUAUAUUUUCACGCAACUUUUGAACUGGUGAGUAUGGCCGAAUGUCCAAGAAAGCAGAGAAUACGAGGGUUCGGAGGCGACGUUUAUUUCGCCAGUCCUCCUGUUGAACGGCCAGAGUUGUUGUGCUCUGGCCUGCCGUGGUUAGUGGAAGCCAGAAGUAAUAGAAGUUUGUUUUUGUUGUCGUGGGGUGCCUUUUUGCCGCUUAAACCGCGACUGGAGGAACCCACGCGCUGCCCUACCGUGAAUCGAGUGCUAAUUUAUUCUGGAAAACCUCCACGUCUAGUGCGCGCGUUGUGUCCUGCAGAACCUGGCGCUCGACCUUUGGCAGUUCACGUGUUUAGUGAAGAGUGGUGGGGUGAUGGAAUGCUACAGUCGCGGACGCCUAACUUUCUUGUCGAAUGGGUUGGGGGCGAACCGGGCGUGGGCGCGUUCAGUUGGCUCGAAAUUUCUAGGUCUAAGGCGUCGCUACUGCAGCAGCUGCAAGUUCCUGUCAACACCAGUGAUAAUGACACGGAGUUGCAGUGCCUCCAUCGUUGCCCCGAAUUGGACGCGUGCAUCAAUCCGUCGUUAUGGUGCGACGGUAAAGAUCACUGCCCUUCGGGUUGGGAUGAAUCGGAAUCUCAGUGCGGAUCGGCAUCGCGACUCCUAACUUCGCUACCAGGGGCCACAAUUGCAGCCGCGGGCGCCGUUGCUGUCUCGCUUCUGCUAUUACUAUGCCUAACGGCGCAUCGAAUAAGAGUGAGGAGAAGAAGAAAACUAGCGAAGAAGAAGCUUUUGACGGGACCUCGUCUAUUAGAUUCCAGUAUUAACUCUUGACACAAAGCACCCCCCGUAGAAUACAUACAUGUUGACCGAGAAACGACCGUAUGAGAUCAGCUUUCUUCGGGCUCCUCCGUCCCCUUGCUCACUUCUUAUCUAUUGGUGCCUUUCUGUGAUAUGCGGGUUGGUGACGCUUUGUUGUGUGUGCAAAAAUCCGAAAGUGUAACGAAAACUGACUUUAACUUUUAAUUCCAAAUCUAAAACGCUAAUGUUGAACUUUUCUAAGACAAUCGCUCCUGAAACGUGCCAAAUAAACAAUUUGAAUUAAAUGUGAAUUAUGUGUUAGAACUAUUGGCGCAGUAUUGCUUAAAAGUGCAAAGGACCGGCGUGAUGAUUUAACACGUUUUUCGUUCCCCCUUUGAUUUGUUUUCUUAACUGUGUCCCAGUUCGAAUUAUUAAUUCAGGGAACUUCGAUAAGUUUGCGCAGGUGGUAGGCCCCAUUUGAAUAUUUAUACGUUCAACCUCAAAACUUUUACUCGUUAUAGCCGAGAUGUGAUAAGAUUAACAAACGUUCCGUUUUAUAAUUUUCGCUAUAAAUUAAACUAAUCCGAUGCUGGAAGUUUAAAAGAUGUAGGGAGAGUGAAUAAAAAAAUGUUUGGAGUACUCCGAAGCCUUACGGAUAUAUUUUAUCCGCAAUGCUCAUAAAUAAAUUUGAUACACUGGCGUCGUAAGGGUGCGCGUUUUAUAUUUUGAUCACGAAUUUUAAACUUUGAUAAGUGGUGUGCUCUGAUAAAGCUAGAUAAUCUGUUACUUUUUAUACAGCUUAUGAUUUAAAAGUUUUUAAACGGGAAAACCGAAGAGUAUUGGGUCCAAUUUCCCUUUAUUAAAUCAGAACAGUCAAUUUAUGAAAGUUUCCUAGCAUUUAUUUCGCAUUGAUUAUAUGUUUUUGGCUAUCGUCUAGUUCAAAUCGUAUCGGGCAGAUCGUUUGUUCUAGCGUCGAAGUCAAAGCUAAAAAUAAUUUUAAAGUCGUUCCCUGAAUCUUAACUAUUCAAUGUCUUAAUGCCCAACGAUUGAUGGGUCUACUUCGGGGAUACCAUACUGACAUUGGCUACCAUCAUGACAGUUUAUUCUGAAAUACAAGCAAUGGACUAAUUAAAAAUCGCAAACGGGUUCAAUUUCAAUUGCGUAUCAGUUGCAAUAGUGAAAACAAGUUGCACUGUCAAAAGAAAUCCUCAACAUACUAGUUUAUCUCUUGGCAUUUUGGAUUUUCUUUUAAGUUUUGCAAGGUUAUUAACUACAAUGCAGUAACUAUACUAUGUCCUAUAUUGACCUAUGGAGACCCCUGGUUUCGAAAAAAUUGCGAAGAAACUUUUCGAAAGUUGACUAACUCCUGCUAUUGGGGUUACCAUCUUUUGAAAACAAAAAUGUAGGUAUUUCCAACCUUUUCACUUGGAUUUAGACAUUUUUGGUUUUGCUUUAACUUAUUAGGACUCAGUUUUUCUCCUAGGUAGAUUUCUUAGUUUAAACCUAAUCAUUUCUAAAGCUCGGCAGCAGCAGAACUGAACUAAGACAUGCAAUUAAAUGGCAUUUUUUUAACUAAAGAGGCCGUUCUGUUGAUACUAAAAUUGUUCACUUUAGCCAUCAAUCUCAUCUUAAAAAACGUAUUGUCAGAGAUACCUAAUUUCUAAUCUUCAUCAUAAACGUUUUUGUACAUUGAUCCAAUCUCCUGAUUAAAUAUUAUGAUGCAGUUUAUAAAGACGCCCAUAAAAUUGUCUAUUACCUAAGUGCUAAUGCACUUCUUCAGGUGCACCGUCGAAAGGUAAAAAGAAACAAAUUUAAAAUGAUGCGGGUGGUAACUAAAACUCUUCAAUAUAUGAGGGCGUUCGGCUUUUUGCAGAAAUAAGGCAAACAAGUUUCAAGCAAGAGUUGAGUUUACGUUGGUCGUUAGCAAAAGUUACAAAUAGUUUGUGGAAAAAAAGGCUCACAAGAAAUUCAGCAUUUAAAACCGCAAGCUUUGAAACCAAAACUUAAUAUUAACAAACAGAGCAAAGCAUUAAGUACACUUCGGGUAAAACAGUUGAUAACUGCUUUACCAACAGAUACAGCGUAGCACGUACUGCAUUUAUAAUCAAAACUUUGUAAUAUCGCACAACGUACUCCAAAGCCGAAAGCGUAUUUUCGCAAUUGCAUUUACUGUUCUGCACUCCAUUACGGUAAUACAUUUCAGAUUGGUUAACGCUUGCCAAAAAUUUUUAUUCACCGUCUAAAACAUGCGCUUUUGAAAUUCCGUUUAAUGCAAUUUUAAAUGCACUAUUCAGCCGUUGCAAUUUCAUAACUACUGCUCCUUUGAGUUGUACGUAAAAUUGCAAAUUCAUCACCUUUGUACUUUUCUCUCACGGAAACUUUAAAGGAAAAUUUAAAUUUUAAAUAUAUCCCUCUUCUUUUGACUGCAAGGCGAAAUUUGCGCCGCGAGAAAAAAUAGAAAAGCUCGCAGGGAAUUAAUUAUAAAGUUUCGGGGGGUGACGUUUUUAUUGUUUCUCCAUUUAUUAAAUACGUCACGUUUGUUCGACAAGAAUUGCAGUGGACGAUCUUUAUAUUGAUGGAGGGGGUGGAGUUUUAAAUUUUUUAUACAUGUACCCUAAAAGUUGCCGUUUCUGUCCUAAACCAACUAAGUUACUGUCACCAUAAAUAUUUGAUAACGGUUUCUGAGUGAAAAGUUAAAGAUAGAACCCUUCAUCUUGAUUUAUACGGUUUCAACCUCCAUGCAGUCGUAACUCUAGUCCUAUUUACUACGAGAGAUAGUAAUCUACCGAGUUUCCAGAGCUUCGGGAUAAUUUUUUCGAACUAAUUUCGAGCUUUGUUUCUGAUUAAGUCUAUCCCCCGCCGUUCCAAAGUAACCGGCGUGAAAUUUAAUCCGAAGAUUUUCCGCUAUAAUUUCUUAACCAACUCGAACGCCGCCGCAAAGUUUAAGCCACUCGAAAGAAAGGCGAGAUUUCUAUAUUCAUUUACCUUAAUGUUUAAUUCAACGCGUUUAUAAUUAAAUACACUAAGUUCCAUGGAAAAAUUCCGGUCCGAGAAUGUGGACAGUAUGAAAUACGUCCGGCCAUAAAAAUGUUUCGUGGGAAAGUUCUUGCUAGUUCUGCCCUUUUUUUUAUUUUAGUCGAGACUGGAGUUAUCAAAAAAAAAAACGUGAACAAUGGCCCGAUGUAUCACCCUUUAACGAACCUCGACCGUAUCGUGCUUAAAUACGCCCGAAACAGCCCCUGAAAUAUGCUGGUUCGGGUUUUCCAUUUUAUGAAAGCGGCGCGGUAGUGCAUAUAUUUUCGUUAAAAAGCAUUCGCUUCAUUCGUUUUGCAAUCCAAUUUAGCUACUUACGAGGGUUUUUUUUUCUUUACUGCGCCACUUUAAGGCGACCGUAUCAACAAUAUUUGAAUAGCCUAAUUUGCAUUCGCAAUCCACCUCUAUGUUACGAAAUAAGAUGGAAGGGCAUUUAAUUAAAUGUUCGUCCGGUGUGGACGUUUUGGUCUACCCUCUUUUCGAGAUUGCCCAAAAAUGCGGUAUAAAAGGCAGCCGUUCCAAAUGCAUUUCCGACAAAGUUACUAAUAAAUAUAACUUCAAAAACAAAUUCGACGUAUCCAUGUAUAAUUUUUCAUAGAAAGUUAGUUCUUUUUGAAUGGCCGUUUUCCAUUCUUAGUCAGUAAUUCCAAUAUCAAAAUUUUGUGGAACUCAUUCUAUUGCCAACAAACAAGAAACCUCACCAAUAUAGACAACGAGCGACAAAGUCACUUCCGGUUGACGAAUAUUGACCAAAAUUCAAUCAAUUAGUCCCUUGAUCAUUGUAUACCUCUUCGUAAAAACAGAAUUGGAAAAUUCGAAACCGUUAACGAGUUAACGGACGGACGGACAGAAAAUCCAAAACUAUAACCUCACUGUUUGUCGCUCGUUACCUAAUAAGUUUCGUAUACUCUUGAAAAUAUUUCGGUUUGUUUAAGUAGUGUAAAUAAUAUCGAAAAACGAUUGUUGCUAAAACUUAUAUUUUGUAAUGAAGUGGAUGAUCCAUAUUCUUAUAUUUGGGAUGUAGUAUAAAUAUAUUAUUUAUUUAUAUUUUGUAUUUUUUCUUUGGGCAAAGAUAACUACCCUUGAACCCACUCUCAAAAUCCCUUACUACAGCUUUGAAUUUCAAAAAAUCAUCUAAUUUUUCGUUUGUAUUACAUUUUAAAGAAAACUCUUUAACGCUAAAAUUCAAAGGAGCCACAAAUGUGCGGAAACUGGCAAAUAAUGUGGAACUUAAUUUGCGCAGAAUUUCAAACUGGACGUCAAAUCUGCCUUAGAAGUUAUCAAAGAACUAUACAGGGUGCCCAUUAUGUAUGGAAUAUAGUACUAUGCGAUCAAAAAUGAGUUGCUGUCGAGCCGCC